AUGCUGGACUGGACACACCGUAGCUACACCAGCUGGAUUGGUGGCUUCGCCCACCAUGGGCCCAUCGAUGUCGUCCUAGCCCAUCAUGGCUGUGUAGUUUUACUGGUCCAAUGUGAGUUCACGUUUUUGAAACAGUUUGUUUGGAAGUGUCGGAAGACCACGAAGUUUGGUUGUGUGUUUCACCAGAGACGUAUUGAGUACACGUCAAGUCGGUACUCGAUAGGCCAUCGAGAACAAAAGAUGCGUCUAGGUGGUUAG